AUGAAGCUCUACUACGAGGCCUCGCGAUUUCUGGACGACUCCAAGAGCGGGUCGCUGCAGAACCGCGUUUUCGCCGCCGCCCGCGACCGCAAAAUCCAGUCCGACCCCAAACACGUGUACGCGCUCGUGCUCUCGACGCUCAAGUACCGGCCGUUUCUGGCGCAGAUCAUCCGCAAAUGCAAGCUGCUGGAGCUCGAGAAAAAGAGCAAGCUGACCGAACCGCUGGCGUUGCUACUGGUCCACGACCUGCUUCUGUCCAAAGGCGGCCGAAUCCACAGCAAGCACCACCCACUCAAGGACGCCGUGAUCCGCAACAAGACCAGACUGCAUGCCGAGCUCACAAAGCUCAAGUUGAAGCACGGUGUGCGGUCCCUGGAGGGUCUUGUCGAGGACGACGACACGCCUGUGCGGUGGUUCCGUGCGAACCUCGCGCGCACGACGAAAGAAGCCGUGCUCGCUGCCCUCGAGCAUCUCCGACGCGUCGAUCGCGUCGCCGACAUACAGAAGGGCACCAUCUACCAUGACGAGUACGUGGCGGACCUAUUUGGGAUCCACCCGCGUGAGACGCUCGUGUCGCUGCCAUUGUACCAUUCUGGCGAUGUGAUUAUCCAAGACCGGGCGUCGUGCUUCCCGGCAUUUAUUCUGGCUCCCAAGCCGGGCAGGGACAAAAUUAUCGACGCGUGCGCUGCUCCAGGCAACAAGACUACGCAUCUGGCCGCUAUUCUGGGGAACUCGCCGGACUCGGUCGUCGCUUUCGAGAAAAACCCAGACAGAGCCAAGACGCUGCACAAAAUGUGCGAAAAGGCAGGAACGUUGGGGUGUGUCCGGAUCCAGCAGGGCGAUUUCACGAAAACCGACCCCGGCGAGUAUCCAGACGUGACGGGGCUGCUCGUGGACCCGUCGUGCUCGGGCAGCGGCAUUUUCGGCCGCGGGUUCGAGGAAAACGACACCGAGGAGCAUACGCAGGAGCGGCUGAAAAAACUGGCCGGGUUCCAAGUGGCCAUCAUGAAGCACGCGAUGCGGUUCCCGAACGCAAAGAAAAUCGUCUACUCGACGUGCUCGGUGCACGCGCAGGAGAACGAGCAGGUCGUCGUGGACCUGCUGCUGGACAGCACGGUGCAGGCACAGGGGUGGCGCAUGUGUAGCAGAGAAGACGUAAUUCCGUCGUGGCCGCGGCGCGGGCUCGUGGAGGAGUUCGCCGCCGUGGACGACCCGCAGCGGUGUGCAGACGGCUGUAUCCGCACGGUGCCGCGGCAGGACGGCGGGAUCGGGUUUUUCGCGGUGGCUUUUGAAAGAGACUAG